GGCGAAACAGGCGACUGCACUGGACAGUUGUAGUGGGUCCUAGCAGAGGAAAAGGCGCCAAGCUCCGUUGACAGACGUGAAUAAGAUGCCUGGACUUGUGCAGAAUGAGAGCAAUGGAAGGGGGAGCCCGAUCAAAAGGAAACGACUUUCCCUUAAGUUUUUUCAGAAAAAAGAAGCCAAACGAGCACUGGAUUUUACUGAGAAGCAAGAAAGUGAACAAAGCCCUUCAGAGACAAAAAAACUGGAUAAAUGUGAGAAGAUGGUGUCUGGAGCCCCUUUGAUAUCUUCAGCUGUUGGAUACGAAAAGAAGGAGGAGCUUCUACCUUUUGUGGGCCUGAACAACCUUGGAAAUACAUGUUACCUAAAUAGUGUACUUCAGGUGUUGUAUUAUUGCCCUGGAUUUAAAACUGGGAUGAAAUUCAUGUAUGAAAUAAUUUCCAAGAAACAAGGGAUACUGAAGAAUGAGGAGGAUCCCAAAAAAGACCAGGACAUAUUAAACAGUCAAGAGGAAUUGCCAAUCUGUUUGGAGCUGAUCUGCAAUUUGCACAACUUGAUUGUAUCAAUGGAACAGAUACAAACCAACUAUCUUCUAACUGCAGAGAAUUACAUUGAGGGUGAACUUGCUGCUCAGCCUAAGAGACUGAUGAGUACGCUGAAAGAGCUGAAUCCAAUGUAUGAUGGAUACCUGCAGCAUGAUGCCCAAGAGGUUUUGCAAUGCAUUUUGGGAUAUGUCCUGGAGGCUUGUCAGUUGUUAAAGAAAAGUGCAUCUGUUGAAGAAAACAUAGACUCUGACACAACUGUUAAGAAUAAAAUGAACAGGCCACUUGAAAUUUUAUCCUCUAAUAACCUGAUAACCAGAAAUAAUGCAGCAGUAAAAGAGGAAAUGCUGAAGAAAAAGAAAAAUGGGAAAAGAAAAAGUGAAACACAAGCUGGAAAUGCCAUGAAAAAAUCUAAGCUGCCUAAGGAUCUGAAAAAAUCCGAAGAGAAACGACAAACGAGACAGAACAGAAAACUUUCUGGGGAUGCUAUUGAACAAGAACCUGAUAUUGGUACUCGGAGUGUAUAUGAAAAUGGUACUGUGUGCUCUCUUCCUCAGAAGAAAACAGAACUUGGAUUAAGAUGGCCAAAACAGACAGUGAAGCAGCCAAGUAUACUUUCCAAAUUCUGUAGUCUUGGCAAGCUAACAUCAAAUCAGGGCAUCAAAGAGGCAAGAAAAGAUCCUGAAGUAAAUGGAAAUCGACCAAGUUGUACUGAAGCGGCAAAAGAGGACAGUUCAACAGAGCACGAUUGUUCUGCAUCAGAAUGCAAAACCCAUUAUGCCACAGAAACCACUGAUGAGAUAAAUGGAGGCCUAUGUGAAAUUGAAGACCAGGGCACAAGGAAAGCAGAGUUGCCUGGCUUUGAAUUGCUGGAUGGAAUGUUCCAAGGACAGUUAGUUUUGAGAACACGAUGUUUGGAGUGUGAGUGUUACUCUGAGCGAAGGGAGAAUUUCCAGGAUAUCAGUGUCCCUGUUCAAGAAAGUGACUCUAAGGAAGGAGAUGGUUCUGAGGUAUCUCCAGAACCAAAGAUGGAGAUAAAAACAUUGAAAUGGGCAAUAUCACAGUUCGCUUCAGUGGAACGAAUAGUUGGUGAAGACAAGUAUUUCUGUGAAAACUGUCAUCAUUACACAGAGGCUGAACGCAGCUUAUUGUUUGACAAGAUGCCAGAGGUUGUUACUAUCCACUUGAAGUGUUUUGCAGCAUGUAGCUCAGAAUUGGAGCCCUAUGGCAACCUAUCAAAAGUGAAUACUCCUUUGCUGACGCCUCUUCAGCUUUCUCUGGAAGAAUGGAGCACAAGAGAGACCAGUGACUUCUAUGAGCUAUUUGCUGUAGUUAUGCAUAAUGGGGUGAGCAUUAGUAGUGGUCAUUACACAGCCUAUGUAAAAAUGACCUGUUUGGGCAAUCAGAAAAUGCUCAAAGAAGAAUCUGCAUUGAACUGUGCAAAUGAUAUGAAACAGGAACCAUUCUGUGAGGAGGAUGAAAGAGGCUCUCUUUGUUCACAAGAAUAUGAUGAUGUGGAGAGAUCAGUUAAAUUAAAGGGAAACUUCCAAACAGCAGCAACUGCUAAAACAACAAAGAAAAAUGCAGAAAGUGUUGGGCUCCUUGGUGGACAAAAGAGUAUAUCCAAUUUUGAUCUGCAUGUCCCCAAGAACAAUCCUGAAAAACCUGGGACAAGACUAAAAGAAAAUGUGAAAUCUGAUAAUUGCAAAGGAAAACAUGUUCAUCCUGUUAAAGACCAAAGUUUUUGCAACAACCAACUGGGAAUGUUCGAAACUGGGAGAAAUAUCCCUGAAAAUCAGAUUCCUCAAAGCUGCUGUAGUCUGUUGGAAUAUGAAGGAAAAUGGUUGCUGUUUGAUGAUGCUGAAGUGAAGCUUACAGAUGAGCAAGAUUUUCUUAGUUCACUUUCUCCAUCAACCUCUUGCACAUCAACUCCAUACCUAUUGUUUUACAAGAAAAUGGCAAACCCUUAAACAAAUCCAUCUGAAAGAUUGCUAUGAGUGACUUUAACACAGGAUGUUUUCUUUCACUGCUUAUUCUUGUACAUUUAAUAUAGUGCAGUGUUUUUAAACCUUGAAUCCUUUGUGUUAUUUGCCAGUAUAAGCUGUCUGAACUAUGUGCGCUUCCAGGUUUGUUCAAAAAUGAAGAUUUCUAGGCACUAAUUUUAAAAGCACAUUUAGGUUUUUUGCAAAUAAUGGUGGGUGCAAAAUUAGUUUCUUGCCUACUUGCAGCAGGAUUAGAUUUUAAAACUACUUCUGUAUUCCCAUUAUGAUUGAAUGUUUAAAACACCUUUGCCACACUUGUCCAUGUUGCUCCACAGCCAACAAAUGUAAACCUAAAGAAUAUGAUUACUUGCAAGUUAGGUUUGUAUUGUAGCAAAUACUUGACAAACUUUCUCCCAGUGCAGUGACAUUUUCUCCUCCUUCAGACCUUUGCCAAUUCAGGGACAAGAUCCCCACUAUCUCUUGAUCCUGCCCUCCUGAGGUCAGAACUUGUGCACUGAGUACCACAGCAGAUGUUACCAGCUGAACACUUUGUGGCACAAAUGGGUUAGCAUGUUUGGUUUUUAACUGAAAUGUUGGUGAUUUGUGACCAUCAAGGGAUGAAAAGUACUCAGUCUUUUUUGUGGAUUGGUUAGCUCAAUCUGGAAUAUAGUCACAGGUGUGCUUUUUAAAUUUGUAUUAUAAAUAUUUGUAGUGUAAAUAUAAAUAAAUUUGUAUGAAGUUUAAUUGUA